AAAAAAAAAGAGAGAAUCAACUGAAAUGAAGUGGAAUUUGUGAAUAUGAAUGUGAAAACGUAAACGAGUUUAAUUACCAAUAAAACAUUUCUCUAUACUUAUACGGAAGAUGCUCGUUCAACAUCUCAACUCAUCUGGUCACCAUCACCAACAUUUAAUGUCCGGUAAAGUGGCUGGACAUCACCACCUGCACAACAUCCAUCAGUCGGCCGUGCAGCAGCAGCAGCACGGAGGCAAACAACAACAACAACAUCAUUUGAAUGGCAGCAGCAAUUCGGGAUUCCACCAUUCUGUCCAGCAUCCGGCGUCAUCCGGCAGUCACGAAAGCGACGACAGUCUUUGCACGCACGAGCAUCCUGGCCAGCAUCAGAGCAUCCAGCAUCAUUUGAAGAAUCACGGCAACGCAGUGGUGGGCUCUUCUUCCAGCGCCAUGACGGCCUCGUCGGUGAAACAAAAGAGGCACAGGACUCGUUUCACGCCGGCCCAGCUCAACGAAUUGGAGCGCAGUUUCACCAAAACUCAUUACCCCGACAUCUUUAUGCGCGAGGAGAUCGCCAUGCGCAUCGGACUCACCGAAUCCCGCGUCCAGGUUUGGUUCCAAAAUCGACGGGCUAAAUGGAAGAAGCGCAAGAAGACCAACAACGUGUUCCGGUCUGGCAACGGUGGUGGAGGCAAUGCAGGAGGAUUGAUACCAGCGCACGCUUUACCUUCGUUCGGUGCAUCCAACGCCGGAAGUGCAACGACAACGAACGUGGGCGGACAGACGGGUCACGAUCCGCUCUGCUCGCCGACGUCGCUUUUCGUCAGCACGGCCAACGAUUCCGGCCGGUGGGGAGUGGCUUCCGGUUUGAGUCCGUUGGGUCCGUCGAGCGGUUUCGGGAGUCCGUCCCUGUCGCAAUUGAACCAGUUAAGCAACGCUCUUAGCAAUCACCACCCACAGUCGGGAGGAAGCGGGAUCAUGUCUCCGACUCUGAUGAACUCGCCCAGCUAUCAAACAGCCUAUUCCUCCACCAGCAAUGGUAGAUUAAGUUCGUCGUCGAUUCAAGCUGCCAGUUUGAACGAUUUCGGCAGUGGGACGAUCGGCAGGAAUGGCCAGCAGCAUUUGACCGGCAACACGGAACAGACGGCCGAAUCUUUGGCCGCCCAGAAGCCUGGUCAAUAAUUACGUGAAAAAUGGCGGCUAUACGGGCUACGAGCAAUUACUUCAGCUUUCCAAUGGCAAUUACUUCCAAGACUGUCUGACCUCUCACCACCAUCACAUUUCACACUCGAAUCGACCUGCCGGACAACGCCAUAUCCUC